AUGCCCAAGCGGGGCAGGAGGCGUCGGGGGUACUCAGCCCACAACCAGCCAGGCAGGAGCCAGGGGGGUUCCUCCCUCCCAACACCCCGGCCACUGAAGAAGACCCCCCCCACAUGUUCGGAGUGCAACAAGAGCUUCAGGAGCCAGUCGGCGUUGGCUGUCCACAUGCGGAGCCACACGGGUGAGCGGCCCUUCCUCUGCACCGACUGUGGGAAGCGUUUCAGCUACAAGCAUCACCUGCUGAGACACCGGCACGUGCACACCGGUGCGAAGCCCUUUGCCUGCAGCGACUGCGGCCACCGCUUCAGUGAUAGUUGUUACCUGGUCAUCCACCAGCGCACCCACACCGGGGAGCGACCCUUCACCUGCGCCCAGUGCCCCAGUUCCUUCCGGGACAGCAGUAGCCUCACUGCCCACCAGCACAUCCACACUGGGGAUCGUCCCUUUGCCUGCACCCACUGCCCCAAGGCCUUCAGGUACAAGAAGACCCUCAUCGCCCACCAGCUGAUCCACAAUGGGGAGCACCCCUUUGCCUGUGCCCACUGCCCCAAGGCGUUCAGGUACAAGAAGACCCUCAUGGCCCACCAGCUCCUCCACACUGGUGAACGCCCCUUUGCCUGCGACCAGUGCCCCAAGGCCUUCAGGGACAAGAAGACCCUCGUCAUCCACCAGCGCAUCCACACCGGGGAGCGACCCUUUGCCUGUGCCCACUGCCCCAAGGCCUUCAGGGACAGCAGUACCCUCGCUGUUCACCAGCGGGUCCACACCAGUGAGCGCCCCUUUCCCUGUCCACAGUGCCCCAAGGCCUUCAGGGACAAGACAACCCUCACAGCCCACCAGCGGGUCCACACCAGGGAGCGCCCCUUCGCCUGCGCCCACUGUCCCAAGGCCUUCAUGUACAAGAAAACCCUCGCUGCCCACCAGCGGGUCCACACCAGGGAGCGCCCCUUUGCCUGCCCCCACUGCUCCAAGGCUUUUAGGGAGAAGAAGCCCCUCACUGUUCACCAGCGCAUCCACACUGGGGAGCGCCCCUUUGUCUGCGCUCACUGUCCCAAAGCUUUCAGGGACAAGAAGACUCUCAUCGUCCACGAGCGCAUCCAUUCUGGGGAACGUCCCUUUGCCUGCGCCCACUGCCCCAAGGCCUUCAUGGACAGCGGUAGCCUCACUGUACACCAGCGGGUCCACACUGGUGAGAAGCCCUACAAGUGCAGCGAGUGCGGCAAGACCCUCAGCCAGAAGCGUAACUUGGAGAGGCACCAGCAGAUUCAUCGGAGCCUGCCAACAGUGCCAGAGGGCAGAGGGUAG